AUGUCUGACGUAUCAGAACAUCAAGUUCAUCCAGCUGAACAAGCUGUCGAUGACAUUAACUCAAACUCAAACUCUGUCAUCUCUACUCCAUCAAACAAAGCCGAGAGAGAUGACCUUAAGGACAUCAAUGAAGAUGCCCUUGGUGACGACGCUCUGGUCGAUAUUCCAGUAAAGCCAGCUUCCGCUUAUGUUACCGUUUCAAUCAUGUGUAUUAUGAUUGCCUUCGGUGGUUUCGUUUUCGGCUGGGAUACUGGUACUAUUUCUGGUUUCGUUAAUCAAACUGAUUUCGUUAACAGAUUAGGUCAAAAACAUGCAGAUGGUAGUCGUUACUUAUCUAAAGUCAGAACUGGUCUAGUUGUUUCUAUUUUCAACAUUGGUUGUGCUAUUGGUGGUGUUAUCUUAUCUAAGAUCGGUGAUAUCUACGGUAGAAGAAUUGGUCUGAUUACUGUUGUCAUCAUUUACAUCAUUGGUUUAAUCAUUUCCAUUGCUACUCAACAUGCUUGGUAUCAAUAUUUCAUUGGUAGAAUUAUCUCCGGUCUAGGUGUCGGUGGUAUUUCCGUUUUGUCCCCAAUGUUGAUUUCUGAAGUUUCUCCAAAGCACUUAAGAGCUACUCUAGUUUCCUGUUACCAAUUAAUGAUUACUCUAGGUAUUUUCUUAGGUUACUGUACUAACUUCGGUACCAAGAACUACUCCAACACUGUCCAAUGGAGAGUUCCAUUAGGUCUAGGUUUCGCAUGGGCUCUAUUUAUGAUUGGUGGUAUGAUGUUUGUUCCAGAAUCUCCACGUUUCUUAGUCAGUGUUGGUAGAUUUGAAGAUGCUAAGCAUUCUAUCUCUGUCUCUAACAAGGUUCCACUUGAUGAUCCCUCCGUUGAAGUCGAGUUUGCUACUUUGCAAGCUGCUGCUGAAGCUGAAAAGUUAGCCGGUGAAGCCUCUUGGGCUGAACUGUUCUCUACCAAGAACAAGAUUUUCCAACGUUUAUUCAUGGGUUGUAUGAUUCAAUCUCUACAACAAUUGACUGGUGAUAACUACUUCUUCUACUACGGUACUACAGUUUUCAAGGCUGUUGGUCUACCAGAUUCUUUCGAAACUUCUAUCGUUAUUGGUAUUGUCAACUUUGCUUCUACCUUUGCUGGUAUUUUCAUUGUUGAAAGAUUUGGUCGUCGUAGAUGUCUAUUAUGGGGUGCCGCAACGAUGACUGCUUGUUUCGUCAUUUUUGCCUCUGUCGGUGUCACAAGAUUAUAUCCAAACGGUAAGAGUGGUGCUUCUUCUAAGGGUGCUGGUAACUGUAUGAUUUGUUUCACUUGUUUCUACCUAUUUUGUUUCGCCACUUCAUGGGCCCCACUAGCUUUUGUUAUUACAUCUGAAACUUACCCAUUAAGAAUGAAAUCCAAGGCCAUGUCCUUAGCUCAAGGUUGUAACUGGAUUUGGGGUUUCUUAAUUGGUUUCUUCACUCCUUUCAUUACCGGUGCUAUCGGUUUCUCAUAUGGUUACGUUUUCAUGGGUUGUCUAUGUUUCUCCUGGUUCUACGUUUUCUUCUUUAUCCCAGAAACCAAGGGUCUAUCCCUAGAAGAAGUCGACCAAAUGUGGUUAGAAGGUGUCUUACCAUGGAAGUCUACUGAAUGGGUUCCACCAUCUAGAAGAGGCGGCGACUACGAUGCUGCCGCUAUGGCCACUGAUGAUAAGCCAUGGUACAAGAGAAUGUUGUAA